AUGGAGAAUUCGAGCCCCAGCCUGCAAUCCCUCGAGAAGAGAGUCAAUCCAGAAAUUGGAGAUUAUCAAGAUGAGCAAUUGUUUCAAUUGGGGUAUACACCCCAGUUGAAGCGCACACGAAAGCUAUCCACGAUGGUAUUCAUGUCUCUCUCAAUUGCGUCAAUUCCUUACGGAGUCGGCAGUUCAUUAAUAAGCGCUGUCUAUGGAGGAGGUCAACUCUCAAUGUUCAUUGGAUUGCUUAUCGUUUUGGUACUGGAUUCUUGCGUUGCCGUCUCGCUUUCGGAAUUAGCAUCCCGAUAUCCAACUUCAUCUGGCGUCUACCACUGGUCAUUCCGCCUACUGAAGUCGAAUGAAAAUCGCACAUUCAUCUCGUUUGUCACUGGAUGGAUAUGGCUAAUCGGGAAUUGGACUAUAUCUCUUUCUGUCAAUUUCGGCAUUGCAUCCCUCAUUGCCGCCACCGUAUCGAUCUUUUACCCUGACUGGACGGCCUCAUCAUGGCAGCUUCUACUCAUAUUCUACGCGAUUUGCCUUGUGACAUUUGUCAUCUGCUUCUUCGGCGACCACCUCCUGCCGCUAAUUGAUACGCUCUCCGCCGCAUGUUCGGUGGUGACUUGUAUCGCAUUUGCCAUCACCAUGGCAGUUUUGGCAAAAGAAGGUCGACACGAUGCUCAAACAGGUCUUGUUGGGUAUGACCCAAGUUAUUCAGGGUGGGAGGAACAUUUUACGUUUUUUAUCGGACUCCUUCCGCCAGCUUAUGCAUUCUCUGCUCUCGGGAUGACGGUCUCCAUGGCAGAGGAAUGCACAGAUCCUUCUACGCAAAUACCCACUGCGAUCAGUCUGGUGCCCGUUGUCGCCGGCAUUGCCGCAGUGAUUUUUACCUUGCCGAUAUGUUUCACUCUGCCGCCACUCGCCGAUAUUAUCAAUGCGCCAUAUGGCCAAGCGUUGCCAUACAUCAUCCACGUUGUAACAGGAUCACCGGCGGCAUCAAUUGUGCUCAUGGUACUUGUACUAUUAGUUGCAAUAUUCUGCUCCAUCAGAAUCACUACCACCGCAGGCCGAUGCACAUGGGCAUUUUCUCGGGACAAUGCGCUGCCAUUGUCGCAUUUGUGGUCUGCGACCGUGAAGGAUAGUCCUCUAUCGGCAUUAUGCCUCGUGACUGUAAUUGAAAUGCUCCUCGGUCUAAUUUACCUUGGCAGUACGAGUGCCUUUACUGCUUUUGCGUCAGUGGGAGUGAUUGCCCUUGCAGUGGCCUAUGCCAUUCCUAUUGCGAUAAGUUUACUUUAUGACAAACGCGUCGAAGUUGGUCAAUCGCGUUGGAAGCUCAAGCCUAUAAUCGGAAAAGUUGCAAAUGGUAUUGCACUGCUUUGGAUCGCCUUCCAGGUCGUUCUCUUCUCUAUGCCGGUGACUUUGCCUGUGAAUUGUGAAACCAUGACUUACGCAUCCGUCGUUUUUGUGGGCUGUGUUGGUUUGAGCAUGUUGUGGUAUCUGUUAUAUGGUCGGAAAUAUUUCAAAGGGCCCGUGGAAGAGAUCGAUGGUACAGCAGUCCAAUAA